AGAACAUUAAAUAUUGAUCAUUUAUUUAUUCUGGUUCCAUCUGUGAUGAUGAAGAACAUGUGUUUAUAGAACGUUUAUGUUACAGAACAUUUCUAGAAUGUUUGCGUGUUCAUAGAAGGUUUCCAGGUGAGUUCACAGAUGGUCAGACUGUGGUGUUAGUGGUUGUGAGGACGUUCUGGUUCUGGUCCUGGUUCUGGUUCUGUUUGUGAUGAUGUAGAAUGUUUAUGCUUAUAAUGUGUAGAUGUGCUUAUAAAAUAUCUUUUAAUGUGUUUAUAGAAGGUUUCCUGGCUGAGAGCUCAGAGAUGGUCCGACUGUGGUGUUAGUGGUUGUGAGGACGUUCUGGUCCUGGUCCUAGUCUUAGUUGUGGUCCUGGUCCUGGUCCUGGUCCUGAUCCUGGUCUUAGUUGUGGUUGUGGUCCUGAUCCUGGUCCUGGUCCUGGUCUUUGACCCGUGCGUGAUGGAGAAUAACUCUCAGAUUGUUUUCGUGCUCCACGGUCUGAACGACUCGGCGUCGAACCGUCAGCUCUUCUUCUCUCUGGCGUUGGUCUCGUACCUCGUCACCGUCCUGGUCAACGUGACGCUGGUCGUCACCGUCGUCUUCGACCGCCACCUCCACGAGCCCAUCUACGUCUUCCUGUGUAACCUGUGUCUGAACGGGAUCUGCGGGGCGUCCUGUUUCUACCCCAAGCUGCUUCACGACCUCCUGGCCGACGCCCACGUCAUCAGCUACGCCGGCUGCCUCCUGCAGAUCUUCAUCUCCUACUCCUACGUCUUCUGCGAGUUCACCAGCCUGACUGUCAUGGCGUACGACCGCUACCUGGCCAUCUGCCGCCCGCUGCAGUACGGGGCGCUGAUGACCAAGCAGAAGGUGGUUCAGCUGCUGCUCCUGACCUGGACCUUCUCUCUGCUGGAGACCCUGGUGGGCACCGCCAUGACCGCCAGCCUCCCGCUCUGCGGACGCCACGUCCGGAAGCUGUUCUGCACCAACUGGGAGGUGGUGAAGUUGUCGUGCGUUGACACGACGCUCAACAACAUCUACGGCUUCGUGCUGAUGUUCUCCCACAUGUCGCAGACCGUCCUGAUCCUGGUGUCCUACGGCCACCUGGUCCGCGCCGCCAUCCGCUCGCACUCCCACCGCAGGAAGUUCCUGCAGACGUGUCUGCCGCACCUGGUGACGCUGCUGGUCUUCGCCGCCUCGCUGGUGUUUGACGUCAUGUACUCGCGCUACGGCGCCGGCACCAUGCAGGUGCUGCAGAACAUCCUGGCUGCAGAGUUCCUGGUGGUGCCGCCCCUGGUCAACCCCCUCAUCUACGGCAUGAAGCUGCAGCAGAUCAGGAGUCGCAUCCUUGACAAGUUCGGCCUCAGAGCGGAGACGGAAAAGUGACGAACAAAGCUUGUUCUAGUUCCACGAACUGAUUAAUGGAUUAACGGAGGUUUUCACGAGUCCACGCAGAUCAAAUACGUGAAAAUGUUUAAAAAGAGAAAUGACUCGGUGGAAUCAGACGAUUGAAUGUUUGAAUUAAAUUAUGUGUUCAGGACUAAUUAAUCUAUUCAUGAUUAAACUUGUUGCAGUGAUGUUUACAUUAAUAUUUAAAGGAGAAAUACAGUAGAAUGGUUUUAAAGGAACCUCAACAUAAACCCAGAUGUUUAAUCUC